ACUCGCAUGAGUUUAGUUUAUAUUUAUGAGCAUUAUAGUGCGGAUAUAUCGGAGCGCCAAGUCGAUAGAUAGACAGAGUUACCUUCCCGGGUCUUGUCGAAAGGGCUUUUUUUCUCGGUCUCGCGGGGUGCGUAAGCCCUCCAAAAUGUUUGGAUGGGCAGUGCAGCGAUUUCACGGAAGGCAUUUCCCCUUCCACCCCCGAUAAGACACAUUCAAUUAAAGAGCUCGACAACCUGUACAAUCCGCCCGAUACGAAAGCCAAACAAAAACCAGGAGAAGUAUACUCCGGCGGGAGCCAGUGUUUGGCCAGAGAGCGGCUGAGAAUUUUUUUACCUGACGGCAAUCAGCGGGCAAUUAUGCGAUAAGUCCUUAUCAGCCUUUAGAUAACAGUGCGACUGGAGAGCGGAUAGAGAGCGGAGCAUUAUGAAAUCGGAAUAGACAUUUUCGGAACAUUAGUUGCCCACCGUUGGCGUCUACGUGCGGUUGUCUCCCUUCGAGGUUCAUUCCAUUCGACCUACUCGCGAGUGCAGUCCGGAGUGAUUGGGUGAUUGAUUUGCCCGAUAUUGGUAGAUAAAGUGACUUUAUAUCUGUCCCAGAUACAGACCCUGUGUCAUAUGGUGUUGUGAUAAAAUGUGAAGACUAUACUUGCUGUAAUUCGAUCGGAAAUUUGAAACACAAGCUCAACCCACUCCUGGUGUGCGAAGGAUAAAGAAGGGCCCGAGGCUAAUUGUCAGAGUGAAAAUAAAAACUGUGAUAAACAAAGAAAGAGGCGAAAGCAAACAAAACGGAUAAAAGACACUCCUGCCGGGAGCUAAAUAAUACACAAUUUUAAUAAAACCAGGGGAAAAUUAAAAAGCAAGCGACGCCAAAUGCGGCACUAAAAGUAAUUAGCGUCAGUGGACAGGACAGCAGAGGAGUUGAAGCAAAUAGAAGCAAGCCAGAGUGCAAUAAAUGAUGUUGCAAUCCUUGAAUUUGCAGGCGGAUAAACUGAGCGGCAUCUCAUCUGCAACAGCAACAGCAACAGAAACAGAAGCAGCAACAGUAGCAGCAACAACAUCAGCAACAUCAGAGCAAGCACGCGACCCAACAGUAGAAGUAACAACAACAAUGCUUACAACAGCACCUGUUGCCCAUGUUGCUAAUGGCAGCAACAGCAAUACGAGCGAAAGUAACAACAAUAGCCUCUACAGUAGCAGCAAUUUAAAUAGCAGCAACAAUAGCCAACAACAGCAACAGAUACAGUCGGUCAAGUAUUUAGAGAAUCUAACGAGCUCGGGAGCAAGUUCAGGUGCCAUAGCAGCGCCAACAACUUUCACAGGUGCUGCGAAAAGUUUCCAUCCCUAUUUGCGGCCCACUGGCACCACCAGCAGCACCAUCAGCAGCAUCAGUAAUAGCAACAACAGUGCGGCAGCAUUAUCUACAACAACGGCAACAUCGGGGGCAAAAAUGUCCUCGACAUUGUUUGAAACACUUUUGCACAACCAAAUAAAUUCCAGCCCGACGGCACCGACCGUGCCCCCACUGCCAGCAGCAACACUAGCAAUUGCAACACCACCAACACCCAGCACCGCAGCAACCGCAACAGCAGCAACUGCAGCAGCAGCAGCAGUAGCAGCAGCAUCAGCGGUAAUGCCGCUGAAUUCCAGCAUUAAUUCCAGAACUUCAUUAGGCGAGCAGGGUGGCAUUGUUGCCGUUCCCUCAAAUCGCAUCUCCAUCAAAACCGAACUGGAACUGGUUGGCUCAAGCAGUCCGGAAUCUAUCAAGGACCAGCCGGAUGCGGACAAUAUAAAGAUGUUCGUCGGCCAGAUACCCAAGACCUGGGAUGAGACGCGACUCCGGCACAUGUUCGAGCAGUUCGGGCCCGUGCACACCCUGAACGUCCUUCGCGACAAGGUCACAUCAAUUAGCCGCGGGUGCUGUUUUGUCACCUACUAUACACGAAAGGCUGCCCUGCGCGCCCAGGAUGCGUUGCACAACAUCAAGACCUUGGACGGGAUGCACCACCCCAUCCAGAUGAAGCCGGCGGACAGUGAGAACCGAAACGAGCGCAAACUUUUUGUUGGCAUGCUGAACAAGAAGUACACGGAGGCCGAUGUGCGGCAACUCUUCACGGGCCACGGAACCAUUGAGGAGUGCACCGUCCUCAGAGACCAGGCCGGCCAGAGCAAGGGCUGCGCCUUUGUCACAUUCGCGACCAAGCAGAACGCCAUCGGGGCUAUUAAGGCACUUCACCAAAGUCAGACCAUGGAAGGCUGCUCUGCCCCGCUGGUUGUCAAGUUCGCGGACACGCAGAAGGAGAAGGACCAGAAGAAAAUGCAGCAGCUCCACGCCUUCUGCGGCAUCGGAGCCCUCACAAAUGGCACGCCCAGUGGUGCUGCUGCGGCCGCCGCCACGCCCACCGCCAAUACAGCCACUGCACUGAUAGCGGCUCCGCCCACGGCGACUCGCCCCAACCCCUCGAUGGCAGCCGCGUUGGCGGCAGUUCCGCCCGUCCAGCAGGCAGGCGCCACAGCCACCGCCCAGACAGCCCUGGUUCCCAUGCACACCCCGGCCACCUUGAACGCCUCCCUGGGCCCCGCCCUCCUGGCCAGUAAUCCCGCCGCGGCCUACUUGGGCGCCGAUCCGACAACGACAGCCCAACUGCAACUGUACCAGCAACUGCACGGCUACGGACUGAGCCCGGCCCACUACCUGCCAGGACUAAAUUUCCACCACCCACCGGAAAACAGUGCCCACCACAGCCAGCACGGUAUCGCCGGCGGCGGCGCCGCACCAACAGCAUCUCUAUCGGUUGCAUCAGCCGCCGUCGCUGCCGCCUCAGCAGCAGCCGCAUCAGCAACACCUCACACACUUGGCGGCAGCGGCGGCGCACCACCAUCCGCAUCCCCAUCCGCACCACCAGCAGGCGGCGGCGGUGGCUGCGGCAGCGGCAGCAGCGGGAUCUCUGCCGCCGGGCAUGCUCCUGGCACUGGACUGCUCGCCCCUCCAUCCCUGUCUAUGCAGAAUCUGGUAACCCUGCUAGCCACACCCACCGCCCACCAUCCGCUCACCAUCGCCACCACCGCCAACGCCCCUCACCACCACAAAUUCAACAACAGCACCAGCAACGGAAGCAACCACAACGGCAGUACCACCGCCAGCCUGCACCUCCAGAGAAUGGCCUAUGCUGCCCCACCGCCGGCGACGGCCUUCAGCAUGCCGCAGCUGAUGGGUCACACGGCCACGCCCGCCCAGCCAGGGGCCAGCUCCCAGACGCUGACCCUCAAUGCGCUGUGGCACACGAGCGCUGCCGAUCCCUACACCACCUCCCUGAGUGGUCUGACGAAUGGAGCCGCCUACGGAGCCGCCGCUCAGCCCCUAACCGCCAGCGCCAUACAGGCAGCAGCUGCAGGCGUGGCUGGUAAGCAGAUCGAGGGACCCGACGGCAGCAAUCUAUUCAUUUACCACCUACCUCAGGAGUUCAUCGACACAGAUCUCGCAUCGACAUUUCUGCCCUUUGGCAAUGUCCUGUCGGCCAAGGUGUUCAUCGACAAGCAGACCAACCUGUCCAAGUGCUUCGGCUUCGUCUCGUACGACAAUCCACAUUCAGCCAAUGCGGCCAUCCAGGCGAUGCACGGAUUUCAGAUCGGGACCAAGCGGUUGAAGGUCCAACUAAAACGUUCCAAGGAUGCGGCCAAGCCGUACUAGAUCAGCUGAGGUGGGCUGGUGGUGAACCCCCCAAAAAACAGCACAUGAAAACUAAUCACAGAAAUGGAUGGAAACUAUAGUUAAACACAAUUGUGCCUUUUAAUAAAUGUUCUGAAACCAAAGGACCAAUUACAAAAAUGUAUCUGAUAAGUUAUCACAAAUCUAAAGAUAAAUAGCUUACAAAUGAUGUUCUCGAGUGCACAAACGAACCGCAAAACCAAUCCAACCAAAGAAGUAGCUUAAAAGUUGCAUUCUUGUAAUCACAUUUGCUGAAAACCAUCAGCCAUUUCAUCAUUAAAUCAGCCCAACUUUUCAACGUGGUCGGCAAGCACACUCUACAUUUAAAAACCAAAAACUAAAGUCCAGCAAUUUGAAGCCGAUUUGUGGCGCCAAAGUAUUUUUCAAAGCCAAAUAGUUAAGCAAAAAAAAUGUAUAAUUGAUAAUGGAUGGAUAACACAAUACCCAACCCCAGAAGAAACAAGUUAAAAUUGCACAAAAUGUAACGAAACAAUUUAGAAAAAUAAUGCUAAGUUAUAUAAGAGCUAGGGAAAUAACUAUAAACUAUAUACAAGAACUACAUAUAUAAAAUUAGUGGGGCACAACCAACAAAAACAUUCGAAAUUCCGUUCGUAGUGAGAAACAUUCAAAGGGAUAGUUAAUACACUAAUAACUAAAACAUAAUAACUGCUAGAGAAGUCUGCUAAGAAUACCUAAGACAAGCGACAUCAACUAAAAAUACGUUUAGCUAAAGAAAACUAUUAACUAAUUAGUCACAAAAGUUACAUCUUCUGGGAUUGCUAGCUUCAAAGUCUACUUGAAGUCUAUUUUAUAGUCAUUGAUAGUUAUAAACUAUUUCAUAUUACGCCGACCUGUGGCAUCUAUUGGUUUAAAUGCAAAUCAUAUUUUGUUAAAUCUGUACUUAAAAUGCACUUGACGUUGAAUGAAGAAAUGUACUUUUAAAAUUCAAACCCAAUAUAUAUAUUUUGGAUGUGCAACAUGUAUGCAAAAUGUACUUUUUAUUAAAGGCUCAAGCACGCAGAAUAGGGCGGCAUCCAAUGGUUUUAAAAAUUUCAAAAACAAAAUAAAUAUUUAUAAAAUAAUAAAA